CGUCCCUCCCCGUUCCGGCGAAACUACCUCAUCCCUCUGGGGUUGUCGGGAUAAAAGGCGCCGGAGGGAUCCCGUCCGGCAUCAGUCACACCGACGCGGCAGCAGAACCAGCAAGCAGCAGAGAUGUUCUCGGAGAUCGAGUGCGGGGUUUGCUACCGGACCUACAACGCGGCUCGCCGCUGUCCCCGGGAGCUCCACUGCAAGCACGCCUUCUGUGAGCGCUGUCUGCGGGCCAUGAGCCGCCAGGCGACGCCGGCGGGCGCGGAUCGGUGCAUCGCCUGUCCGCUGUGCCGGCACGUCACCGCGCUGAGCGCCCGGGGGAGCGUCAAGUCCGAGCUGAGGGUGGACGAGUCCGCCCUGGAGCGGCUGGUGACCGCGGGGGUCCUAGACCGGGAGGAGGACCCGGAGGACGAGGCGGAGGAGGAGGAGGACGGAGAAGCUCCGGAGUGCGAGGGGGAGGUUCCAGAGACUGAAGCCGAGGAGAACGACUCCUCUGCGGGGCGCAGAGGAGGACGAUUCUGGAAGAAAGUUUGGAGGAAGAUCAGCGGCAAGAGCGCACGGCGGAGACAAGAUGAGUGCAUGACCAACACUGAGCUGAGGAGCCUGGCCAUGAUGGCCAGCUACAUGUUCUGAGCUGCACCCCCCACCUCCCACUAUGUACCCCGGAUAAUGUGAUAUGUAUUGUUGGAGCUGAACUGGAUCAAGAUCAUCAAGAUCAUGCAAUCUUGCUGGCAAGAUGAACGCUUAAUCGUUAUUUCAACGCUUUAUUCUAAUGAGGCACUUAGAUAAGGAACACAUUUUGCUGGCAGAUAAGGAUACUUGUGAUGAUCACCAAAUGGAUUUAUUUAAUAUUUAUUUUUUUAAUGGACAAGCAUUAUUAUUUAUUUUACCGUAUUGUAUUUAAAGACUAAUAAAUUACUUCUUGUUUGAAAUAAUC